AUGCCAGUGAACCGUUCGCCAGACAGGUCGAACGACACUUUUAACGUGCCGGAGACGGAGGACUUGCAAGGCCCGCGCGAUAGCGGAACGCCGGGCUCGCGGAUCAACCCCGCGAGAGGAGGCAUGGCGAUCGAGGCGAGCACCGUGCGGCUACCACCUUUCUGGAAAGAGAAUCCGCAGCUAUGGUUUCGCUACGUAAUAUUACAUUUAGACCCGGCUAUUCUUCCUUUGGUCGCGGAUAUCGUGACGUCUCCACCGGAAGUGGAUCGGUACGCGGCAAUUAAAGAACGUCUCACCACCGUAUUAGGUGAGACCAGCGCUUUGCGAUUGCGGAAAUUGCUAACCGCGCAUGAGUUGGGAGAUGACAAACCGUCCAUCCUCCUACAGAAAAUGCGUAAUCUCGCGGAAGGGCAGGUGACCGACGGGGUCCUGCGCACGAUAUUUCUCGAGCAACUCCCCGAAAAUGUUCGCGCCAUUUUAUCCAUAUCCGAAGUGGGCGACUUGAGCAGGUUAGCCAACCAGGCUGACAAAAUUCUAGACAUGGCAAAACCCGCCAUGUUGGCCGUCCAGCCAGUCACCGCUGAGACAGGAGUGCUCGGCAAGAUGGCCACCGAGAUCGCCACUCUAACCAAACAAAUGGCGGCAUUGAACAAGCGAAUCGGAAGCCGGUCGCGUAGCAGAUCACGAGGACGCAGCGGAUAUAGAGACCGCCCGAGGAGCAAAUCUCGCGGCAGGGAAGAUGACAAAUUUUGCUUUUAUCACUGCAGAUUUGGAGCCAAAGCCUAUAAGUGCGAAAGCCCAUGCGAGUGGAAGGACGAAAAGAACAGAACAUUGGUAUUGGAUCUCGGCUUACGACGACCUUUUCGCUGGGAUUUCGUGAUAGCCAAUGUGAGACAACCGAUAAUUGGAGCCGAUUUCGUGGUGCACUAUGGACUCUUGCCAGAUCUGAGGAAUCGCCGACUGGUGGACCAGCACACGACCUUGUUCACCAGCACACGCCCCAGUCACACCGCACAGCUCUCCGUAUUAACUGUGAGUAGCAGCUACGGCCCUCCGCUAGCAGAGCGACCGCGCAGGCUAGCGCCGGAGAAAUAUGCAGCAGCGAAGAAGGAAUUCGAGAUUAUGGUGGAGCAGGGGAUCUGCCAACCAUCUUCUUCACAAUGGGCCAGCCCGCUACAUCUAGUCAAAAAGGAAGAUGGUAGUUGGAGACCGUGCGGGGAUUUCCGCAGACUGAAUAGCGUAACGGUCCCGGACAAGUAUCCACUUCCGCACAUCCAAGACUUCACGUACCAUUUGGCGGGAUGUAAAAUAUUCAGCAAAAUCGAUCUUAUUAAAGCGUAUUUCCAGAUACCAGUGGCCGACGAGGAUAAGCAUAAGACAGCGGUAACAACUCCAUUUGGGCUGUUCGAGUUCAAUCGAAUGCCAUUUGGCUUGCGCAACGCCGCGCAAGCGUUUCAACGAUUCAUCGAUACAGCGUUACGUGGUUUGGAAUAUUGCCACGCAUACAUAGACGACGUUUUGGUAGCAUCCAAGGACGAAAGAGAGCACAAGCAGCACCUGGAAGAGAUAUUCAGACGCUUGAAGAAAUUCGGCUUAUCGAUCAACGUAGCAAAGUGCAAUUUCGCGGAAGAAGAUAUUGAAUACCUAGGGUACAAAGUAACCAAAGACGGCAUACAACCUCUGGAGAGGAGAGUGACCGCAAUUACUGAAUACAAAAAACCGACCAAUACUGCCGAGUUACGAAGAUACUUGGGCAUGAUAAACUAUUACCAUAGGUUCAAUUAA